GCCCAGCAUCUCGCUUUCACGGCGCGUCGCUCGCACGUGGUUCAAGUAAAAAUAAAAGUUCCGCACGCAAAAAAAAGUAUCAGUUUUUUCUUCUUCCUCAUCAUCAUCAAAAAAUUUGGAUACUGGAUACUGGAUACAGGAUACCCGCAAGAUGAUAUUACAAAUACUUCUAGCGUCAAUAUUGACGCUGAAUUUCUGCGAUGGGAUAACAGUCUCACCUCCAGCAGAAGAUUCACACACUGAAGCAACAAAUAUCGAAACAACAAAAGUUGCCUAUGAUUACUCACCAGGAAGUACAAUUCCGAGUGAUCAGGCUCAAAAUUUGCAACAGCCGUCAUCAAACGAAAACGCAAGACAUUUGGACAGCAGUUGGAGCUACCAACCGUUCAUCGAGUAUGCCAACGUGAGUCCGCACAGCAAGUCCAUCACACAGAUCGCCAUUGGAAAGGAUGCUGUCGAAGCACUUCAAAAAAGCAAACUGCCACAACACCAAACAAAUCAAAAUAUCCUUUAUCUACAAUCCGAGGUGGCUAAACCAGUUGAUAAUCAACUUCCGGUCCAACCGGAACCCAAUGGGAAUCUUGUUUACUAUUUACCACCAGAGGGCGCACCUAUCCAGGAUGCCUAUGCUACUCAACCGGCACAAACAGUUGGACCAGGACCACUUUUAUACUAUUCACAAGUACCGCAACAGUUACAUCCGGUUCCUCCGAAUGAAAAUGUUGUGUAUAUCACUCCACAACCCCAACCCCAACCACAUAAUGAUUAUGGUCCACCCCCACCACAAAAUUAUUAUCUAGUGACACAUAUUCAACCAACUGCACCACAACCACAACCGGAAGUUGAAGAAAAACCAGAGAAACCUAAAAAUGUCGUCGUGGAAAACAUGAAAGAAGAAAAAAAGGAUGAAGAGAAAAAGAAGGAAGAUAAAGAUGAACAUGAACAUGUCCUGGUUGAAAGCAACACUGCGAAGGCAAUCAUCGAAGAAUACGAACGGCAUUACGUCAAACGCCGAAAGAAUGUCGAUGUUAAAGUGGAUGGCGAAAGUGGUACCAGUGAUACCAGCACCACGCCUAGUCCAUACCCAAGCGCGACCACUCCUCUCACUAUCACCAAACCAGCUCCAUUAUCGCGCCAGCCGAUUAUCGUCGCCGAUCUGGACGAAAACAACUUAGAAUACGACGAUAAAAACAACUAUUCCACCACGCAGAGUACAAUCAAAACGGUCAAAACUUCCUCGUCGUUGUACCACGCAACGCAACCACUGAUUGUCACUCCGCGGCCAUUGGGGACCACAUUUCUUGCACCGAUUACUGCCGGGGUCCAGUUGCAAUCGGUUGAUAAUCAGCACAACCAUAAUGGGAAGCAUGACGCAGUGGUUGUGGAAGUACAAAAAAGUGUUCCUUAUUACCUUGGAAAGUUUGAAUUCGUUCAGAAUGAUAAGAAACCAACAAAAUCUGAUGAAAUCAAACAAAAUGUUGAUCUAGGAGCGAAUUUAUUGAAAUAUUCUAUUGAAAGACUACCAAAUCCACAAGCUUUUAUAACUGAAUAUAAUAAUUCUGGAUUGGGGCCUAGUAUUAACCAAGACCAAGAUCAAGAUCAGGAACAAGAAUCUGGACAGUUUGAUUACAAAGUCCAAAAUGCUCCUCCUUAUCAACAGGUCCUGGUCCCUGUUGGUCCAGUGACGAAAUUAGAAAAAGUUGAGCCGGAAUUACCACAACCCGUUCAAGUCCGACAAGUUUUCCUCCCGCAACCAGUGAAAACAGUCGCGGAUUACAUUCAGAAACCUUUUGGUCUUCAUCAUCAACACCAACAUCAUUACAAUCAACCGUCGGUGCUUCUCGAGCCGUUUCCGCAAGUAACAAAACUCAUUCCGCAGUUUGUUCCUUUGAAGCAUCAUCAAGAGGUGCAAAAAGUCCCCAUGAAAUCUUAUUCGUACGCGCCCAGUUACCAACCAAGUCAUUAUCAUCAUCAUCAACACCAUAACUAUCAGAUAAGUCAUUCGGGACACAAGAAACCAAAGAGUUUCCCACCGAAUUAUCAACAUUUGGGAAAUCAUCCGCAGUUUUAUCACACGGUUAAAUUCAAUGAUUAUAUUGGUAUGAAACCACCGAAAAUAAGUGUUGCAAGUGUAACUAAUCCGCCACCGGCCGCACAUGGUCCGCCAUUUAAAGCAUCGCAACAUUUACAGACAAUACACGAGUACUUACCAUCGACGCAGCUCACCGAUCAACAAGUCCGGAAAUACAGGAACCCACGCCACAGUUUUGGUAGUUCUAUUCGUCUCGAGUAUGGAUUUAUGCCGCCACUGAUACCGUCGAUCGAAAUCGAUGAGUUUGGUAAACCGAUCGAAAAGUCCGACUCGUAACUUGCACUUGCGAAAUGUAAAUUAUUUAUUGCGUUCAGUUUUGUGACAUAUAUGCGUGUGAGUUUUGUUAAGUUUUGUAUUUAAGCGAGUGUGCACGAUGUGAUUCUAUUUAUGUUCGAUUGAGAUCUACUUUUCUAAUCAACAAUGUUUUUUUCUUCACACCUUCGAAACAACAACAAGAGUGCGCAAGUGCAGUGUUGGAGGACGCCGCCGUAUCAAGCGAUAAAACAUUGAAAACAUGUUUUAUUUCGUUGCGAAUGGCACUGGCAGCGACACCUAGCGGAAGAUAUUCGAAACAUUGUUUUAUUUAAAAAUUAAAGUCUUAUUAUUUAAA